CAAAAUUACUUAUGAGCGAGCCAAGGUUAUAUCAUUUAUUUAUUCCUAGAUCAAGGAGACCUGUAUUGUGAAUUUGUAUGUAGUAGCAGUACAUGUGCUACUAACACAUCCAAUGGCGGAACCAAAUACAGAGCCACCUACAAAUGAGACUGAGGGAAAUUAUUCAACACCCGCCAAUGAUCCCAAAAACAUGCAAGAGGUCACUCAAUAUGUACAAUCACUUUUACAAAACAUGCAGGACAAAUUCCAAAGUAUGUCGGAUCAAAUCAUCAACAGAAUAGAUGAAAUGGGAACAAGAGUUGAUGAAUUGGAGAAGAAUAUCACAGAUCUUAUGACACAGGCUGGUGUUGAUAACGAAAAGUAGUAUGUAAUUUUAAUAUAACUAUCACCAGUAAUAAAUAGUAUGUAAUUUUUAUUAUAAUUAUCGUCACUUUUUUCACCCAAAGAUUAUAUUACACAUCAAGAAUUCAAAUUAAAAUGAUACAAAUUAAAAAUAAAAUUAAUCCCUAUUUAUGGGUUCCAAUUAAUGAAGGCUCAGUAUAUAAUAUUGAAAUUAAUUCAAUUAGCUAUAGGA